UCAUGCCGCACCAAGUCAUGGCUAGCGGCUCGCUCCUCUUUGGCUUUCCUACCAACUUUAUACGCUAUGCGGAUGUCUCUUAGCGACGCGCUCCAAACGUCCUACGCCCAUAGCUAGACCCACCCGCUAUCAAUAGGACACGCGUAGCCUUCACCUCUGCGCCGCCAGACCGCUAGACCGCCAGCCACAGACAUCCACUCGGCGGCAGCCGAGAGCGUCGCGACACCUGCGGCUUUCUCCCUAACGACCGACGACGACAUCGCAGCAAACCCCAACCGAAUGACCGACAUAUUGCAGCCAUCAUGCGCAACCCAACUUGCUGAAACCAAACAAGAGCGUGCUGCCGCGUCUCAUCAUCAAGCGCGCGAUGAUACGGAGACACGAGCCAAUGCUAAUGCUGUAGGACAUUUAGGCACAGCUGCCGAACACCGCGAGAGUCCUGCACGCUCCGAAGUCUCCCAGGCAAACAAUGGCAUCGCACACUCGCAGGAGCAAUCCAACCAAUCUCAAGACGAAUUCGACCACCUACGCAUCAAGCUACAUCUGAGAGGAUUGAAGACUGGCUGCAGGACAUGCAGGAUACGCAAGAAGAAAUGUGACGAGGGGCAGCCACAUUGCUACAACUGCUGGAGGAGGUCUCUCGUAUGCGUUCCCUACGAGUAGUCGCAGGAUCAGCAUUGGCAUUGAGACUUGCAGGCGGAAUCGCUGCCGAACAGACCUGGCACGAAUGGGGAACAUCUAACAGUGGCUCGAUAAGUGCCCGGGUAAAGCCCACAUUCAGUCUCUUCAUCAGGUAUCAACUUGAACCAUCUUUGUAAUUCGU